CCCGCGGGCGGGCGGCGGCCGAGCGGCUGCCCGCCGGAGCGCUGAACGGCGCGGCGGGGCCGGGAGCCGGGGACCCGCCUAGGAGAGCGGCGGCCCUGACGGCUGCCGGAGGGGCGGCCGCGCGUGGAUGCGGCGAGAGCCGGAAGCCUCGAGCAGCCGGCGCCGUCUCUGCCCCCCGGCGCCCUAUGGCUUGAAGAGCCUGGCCACCCAGUGGCCCCACUGCCCCAAUGGAUCCACUGAACCUGACCUGGUAUGAUGACAACCUGGAGAGCCAGAACUGGAGCCGGCCCUUCAAUGGGUCCGAAGGAAAGGCCGACAAGCCCCACUACAACUACUAUGCCAUGCUGCUUACCUUGCUCAUCUUCAUCAUCGUCUUUGGCAACGUGCUGGUGUGUAUGGCCGUGUCCCGUGAGAAGGCGCUGCAGACCACCACCAACUACCUGAUCGUCAGCCUCGCCGUGGCUGACCUCCUCGUAGCCACGCUCGUCAUGCCCUGGGUGGUCUACCUGGAGGUGGUGGGUGAGUGGAAAUUCAGCAGGAUUCACUGUGACAUCUUUGUCACUCUGGACGUCAUGAUGUGCACAGCAAGCAUCCUGAACCUGUGUGCCAUCAGCAUCGACAGGUACACGGCUGUGGCCAUGCCCAUGCUCUACAACACGCGCUACAGCUCGAAGCGCCGAGUCACCGUCAUGAUCACCAUCGUCUGGGUCCUGUCCUUCACCAUCUCCUGCCCUCUGCUCUUCGGACUCAAUAACACAGAACAAAGCGAGUGCAUCAUCGCCAACCCCGCCUUCGUGGUCUACUCCUCCGUAGUCUCCUUUUACGCGCCCUUCAUCGUCACACUGCUGGUCUAUAUCAAGAUCUACAUGGUCCUUCGGAGGCGCCGAAAGCGGGUCAACACCAAGCGCAGCAGCCGGGCUUUCAGGGCCAACCUGAAGACCCCACUCAAGGGCAGCUGCACUCACCCCGAAGAUGUGAGACUCUGCACCGUUAUCAUGAAGUCUAAUGGCAGUUUCCCAGUGAACAGGCGGAGACUGGAGGCGGCCCGCCGAGCUCAGGAGCUAGAGAUGGAGAUGCUCUCCAGCACCAGCCCCCCUGAGAGGACCCGGUACAGCCCCAUCCCGCCCAGCCACCACCAGUUGACCCUCCCCGACCCAUCCCACCACGGCCUCCACAGCUCUCCCGACAGCCCCGCCAAACCAGAGAAGAAUGGGCAUGCCAAAGACCACCCCAAGAUUGCCAAGAUCUUUGAGAUCCAGUCCAUGCCCAAUGGCAAAACUCGGACCUCGCUCAAGACCCUGAGCCGCAGGAAGCUGUCCCAGCAGAAGGAGAAGAAAGCCACCCAGAUGCUUGCCAUUGUUCUUGGCGUGUUCAUCAUCUGCUGGCUGCCCUUCUUCAUCACACACAUCCUGAACAUUCACUGUGACUGCAACAUCCCGCCUGUCCUGUACAGCGCCUUCACGUGGCUGGGCUACGUCAACAGCGCUGUGAACCCCGUCAUCUACACGACCUUCAACAUCGAGUUCCGUAAAGCCUUCAUGAAGAUCCUCCAUUGCUGACGCUGCUGCCCACCCUCCCCACAUCCUGCUGCCCACCUCCUGCCCAGGCCAGCCCGGCCUCCGUGCCUGGGAGCCAGGGGCAGGAGGACGCUGGGUGGGCUUGGCCUUCUCUUCCCCCGGCAGGCCCUGCAGUGUUAGCUUGGCGCCACGCCCCUCACGGCUGCACACCCUCACUCUGCCAGGGUUGUGUAGAAAACCAGGCAUGGUGCCAGCCCUCGGGCUGGACCCCAUGGCUCGGGAGCAGCUCAGAGUCCCUCUUCCACUUCCCGCCCUCCUCUCCUUGGCACCAAAGACACAGCCGCCUUCUCUGAACUUUUUCUGGGGCUCUGGAGUUGCUGGGGCCAGAGUCUUGGCUCAGAGUCUGCGCCCUCUGUUGGGCUCAGCCUGGCCUUCACAGGUUUUGCUGGAUCGGGCGGUGGGGGGAGAUGGAGUUCACAGCCCACAAGGCCCACUCCAGGAAAGCCAGAUGUCUUGCCAAGGGCCCAGGUAACUUCAGUCUGGGGAGACCCAUGUACAUACCAGACCACAAGAUGAACCCCAGGGAAGUCCAAGCCAAAAAUCUCCACUCCUUCUCCCACCUGACAGCCUCUAUUUCCCAUAGCAGUGGGGCCUUCCCCGCCUCACUGCUCCACACUCCCUGAGGGGAGGCCCCCGGAGGGCUGUGGGGAGAGGGACCCCACCCCUAAGUCUACUCUGCUGCCUCGUGAUGGACUCAGGUGCACCCCUUCUCUUAGCAAAUGUCAGGCCAGCCUGGGGGCAGCUGGGGAAGGUGGCUCGUGACUAUGUCUGGGGCUGGGGUUGGGGUCCCUGAAGUUCUUUGAGGGGCUGUCUCCUGCCACACUAUGCCGCAAAACCACUUUCCUUUUCUCUUCCUCUUGCCUCUUCUCUUUCCCCUGCCCUUCCUUUUCCACUGCCUCCGCCUUAGAGGAGCCUAUGGUUAAGAGGGGCUGAAUCCCACCUGGCCUGCCAGGCCCUGCCCUGAGGGAGGGGGGGAGCUGCAGCGUGAGGGAGCCCCUGGGUCCCAGACUCUGUAACAUCACUACACACGCUCCAAACUAAUAAAACGUUGACAAGAGUCACAUCCGAGGCGCCUCGGGUGCAAGGGCGCAGUGCCACCUUCGUCCUCCACAUCAGGGGUAGAAAAUCCCUGUGUCUGUGCUGGGGAUAGAGUUGGAGAGGCCUUCUGCAGACCCCCCACAAAAGAGCCAUCAGGGUGGCAGGACUUUGGGGAAAAGGAGGACAGAACCUGCUCCAGGAGGACCAAGGAGAAGAUGUGUGUGCCUCUGUGUCUCUCCCCUGCGCCAUCCUCUGUCCUCUCCUCCAGAGCUGCCAGGAGCCUUCUCAGUCCUGCCAUUGGGUGGCCCUGACCCUCAACUGUCAACCAAGAUGGGAGGGGAGAACAUUUCCAAAGGGAACCCGCGCAUCCACAGAGCUCCCCAAUCGCUAAAGCAGCAGGGGCCCGCCAGAGGGAAGCCAAGCUGUCCCUCUUCCACCUGCUCUUCUCCAGGUGCUGGUACCUCCGAAGGACCAAUGCUUAGCCCUCUUGCCCACUAGGGCAGAGAAGGCUCCAUGGACAAGGUGGCGUGUGAGGUGCCAGCUGUGCUGCGUUUGCGCCUGCCCCCCGCCCUGUCUUCUGCAUCAUGUCAGGACCCCUUCCUCUGGGAAAGGUGGGGGAGGCAGGGAGCGACGUGGCCCCCCUCCCUGCUCCUGGCCUCCAGGCCAGUCACAGCUCCAAGCCUUCUGCGGCCACAACUUGGUACCACAACUUGGACCCAACAAUAGAACUUUGGCUUUUUAAAAGUGAAAUAGAAAUCAACCCAGUGAAGGAGGAAUAUUCUUACCACCUUGAGAAUAACAGCAGUGAUGACAAACAAGGUGCCAGCACCCACGGGCUUAGGCUCUAGGGAGCUGUCAGGGCAUAAUUUGCAUACUAAAUACAGUAUUUUUAGCACCAAAGUUGGGAGCACUUAACUUGCCCUGAACACUUAAUUAUGGACUUUGGUCUUCUCCCUGAACCUGAAUGUAGCCCUGAGCCCUGGACAGGCUUCUGACCCCAGGAGCACCCGGAUUCUAGGAGGUGGGCAAAAUAGCCCCCUCCCCUAGCUCAGGGGGUCAAUAACCCAGUGUCUACCUCCUGGAGAAGACACCAGGCCCCCAAGGGAGCUAGAAACCCCAGGGACCUCUCAGCUGCUGGUACACAUGCCAUAGCCAACGUGCGUGCACACAUGUACACACACAGCACACGCACACUCAUACACACACACCACACAGUCUAUAGAAGAUCUUGACCUGGAUGGGACCUUGAAAUUUCAUCUCGUCAUCAGAAAUCUUAUGAGGUCACACAGGUUUAUCGGGUGGGGGAUUGGACGAGAUGACAAAG